CACGUCAUCAGUCACAAUACCCCAGCCCAAUUGACAAAGUAGCUCAGCUGAAUCGAAGCUCAAACCGGCCAGUGAUGGCUCCCGAUGACGGCGAGCGCGUGAAGCUCAACGUCGGCGGCGAGAUAUUCGAAACCAAUGUAUCGACCAUUCAAUCAACCUCCCCAGAUUCUCUCCUUGCUGCUCUCACGAUUCCAACCUCCCAUGGUUCGAUUCCUGUGUUCAUCGAUCGUGACCCGGAGAUUUUCGCCGUCAUCCUCAAUCUCCUCCGUACUGGACGGCUCCCAGCUAAUUCCUCCGGCGUUUUCUCCAAGCAGGAGCUACUCGAUGAGGCUCUGUACUACGGCGUGGAGUCACUCCUCCGGUCGGCGAUGUUUCCGUCCCCGCUGCUAGGUAUCGAUGCUUCUCUAGUCUCCACCAUCACACCCGCGGCUGACGGAGUUCCCUCCGCUUUCACCGCCACCGCCGGAGACGCCUCUCUGUGGAUCGCUCACGGCGGACAGAUCUCCGUCUACGAUUGGAGUCUUUCUCACUCUGGAACCGUCCGUACGCAUCUCAACGAUAUCACGUCGAUCUGCCGCGUGUGGGCCGAGGCGGCGGCUAUCGGAUCUGAAUCCGCGUCGGGACUUCACUUCUACGAUCUCUCCGGAGGUCGUUACGUCGGAUCUACCCACUGGACGGAUCCGGAAGAUCCGAGGAUCCAUAAGGCACGAGUCGCCGCCGUUGCCGAUUCGUCCGGUGGAGUGUUCGCAUCUUUCGAUUGCCUGCACAGAGAGAACAGCGUUCUCCAGAUUGACAAAUCCACUCUCCAAGUCGCCGCCGUCAUCGGCCAGCAAUCUGGAAGCUCCGCCAAAACCAGCGUACCGGAAAAACUGCGGUGGGUGCCAACGAACGGUCUUUUAGUUGGAUCCGCGGUCCAGCGCGGGGUGUUUGGAUGCUCCGGCUACAUCAGGAUCUGGGACCCGAGAUCCAGGAACAUUGUGUGGGAGACGAGCGAGCCAGGUUCGGGACGAAGCAGCAGGUUCGGAGACGCCUUGGCUGACGUGGACGUCGACGUUGAAGAUUCGAUUCUCUACAAGGUAUGUUCCAAGUCAGGUGACCUGGGAAUGGCAGACCUUCGUAAAUUAGGUGAAGAUCCAUGGGUAUAUGUGUCAGACGAGAAUCCCGGCGCGUGGAAGUCCGACGACGGAGGAGGAGGGGGUUACAGCGUCGUACAUUGUUACAGAAAGCAAGUGUGGGCCGCGAGAGGUGGCGCAUUAGAGGUAUGGUCGAGUGUUAAGGAUAAUAUACGUGGCGAUCCGAUUCGUAGAAGAAACUUUGUAGACAAGGAAGAAGAUUCCAUUAGAGGGAUGAUCUCGAAAAUUGAAGCCGGAGGUGAUCGGAUGUUUGUUUCUCGGGAAUAUAUGGAAGGUGUUGAGGUCUGGGAAAGUUGUAAUUUCUCAAGUUUGGUAUCGGUCGAGUAAUGUUUUCCCAAACAGGGAAGAACAUUGAUCAAGCGGCUCUGUUUUCCCGGGAAAAUAGGAAAGAGUCAAAUUUUCAAACUUUCCAGGGUCUGAUACUGAUCGCCUACCUGAAGAGUGAAGAACAACAUCAAUAUUCAAACUUUACUGUUGUAAAAUUCACCAGAGCCCUCUUAUGUUGUAAAUGGAUUCAUAGUCUUUGUAAAUUUCUGAUUCUAGUGGAUAUUUACGGUAAUUUACGAA